AUGGACGACCUAUACGAUGAGUUUGGCAACUUCAUCGGCGAGCCGGAGGGGGAUAGUCAAGAGGAAGAGGAAGCCGGCGCAUACAGCGGCGCGCAGUACCUGGACGACGACGAGGCCGAAGCAGACACUGCGCCGACAGGUCAGGAGUUGAUGGAGAUAGAUGAGGAUGGCCCUUCGAAUGCUGUGGUCCUGCACGAGGACAAACAGUACUACCCGACCGCGCAACAGACAUACGGCCCAGGCGUAGAGACACUUGUGCAGGAAGAAGACACGCAAACACUUCAGCAGCCCAUUGUCGCCCCUGUCGAGCAUAAGAAGUUCACGAUCGAGGAGGAAGAGGGCGAACUGCCGCCUGUCUGCUUUGACCGAGGCUUCUUGAGCGACUUGAUGAGUUUUCCUGAGGGCAUUCGAAACAUUGCGCUCUGCGGACAUCUGCACCAUGGCAAGACCAGCUUUCUCGAUACGUUGGUGCGACAGACGCAUGAUGUGUCAAAGCUUAUGGAGGGCAAGACUGGCAAGGCAAGAGAUGAGCUGAUGCGGUAUACGGACACACAUCUGCUUGAACGAGAAAGAGGGCUUUCUAUUAAAUCCUCACCAAUGACACUGGUGUUGCCAGGGACGAAUGGGAAGAGCCAGCUGUUGAAUGUGCUCGAUACACCUGGACACGUCAAUUUUGCGGAUGAGGUGGCAGCAGCCAUGAGGUUGGUGGACGGGAUAGUAUUGGUUGUAGACGUGGUGGAGGGCGUGCAGACGCAAACAGAGCUCGUUAUCAAGCACGCCGUGCUCUCUGGACUGCCACUGGUGCUUUUGAUCAACAAGAUGGAUCGAUUGAUUCUGGAGUUGAAGCUGCCGCCGACUGACGCAUACUUCAAGCUGAAGCAUGUCGUGGAGGAGGUCAACACGCACAUCGAGAACGUCAUCCCUGGGCGAGGCGAGAAGUUCCGAGUCAGUCCUGAAAAGGGCAACGUUUGCUUCUCAUGCAGCUCAAUGGACUGGUGCAUUACGCUGCCUUCCUUCGCAAAGUUGUAUGCGGAGAGCUAUCCCAACGCACAGUUCGACAGUGGUGAGUUCGGCAAGCGAUUAUGGGGUGACAUAUUCUUCAAUCCACGAUCACGCAAGUUCACGCGGAAGGCUGUUGAAGAAGGCGCGAAGAGAAGUUUCGUCCAUUUCGUGCUGGAGCCGAUCUACAAGUUGUACUCACACACCAUCUCAGAAAGCCCUGAAGAUCUGAAGAAGACGCUCGAAGGGCUGGGUAUCCACUUGAAGCCGUCACAACUGAAAUCGAAUGCCAAAGAGCUGCUGCGGCUGGCAUGCGAGCAGUUCUUCGGUCCAGCCUCAGGCUUCGUGGAUAUGGUCAUCCAGCACGUCCCAAGCCCUGUUGAAGGCGCAAAGCAGAAGCUCGGCAACUACUACACUGGCCCUACUGAUACACAGACCGCGAAAGCGAUGCAGGAAUGCGACUCAGAUGGACCGCUGAUCGUACACGUCACAAAGCUCUUCAACACCCAAGAUGCGCAAUCGUUCAACUCGUUCGGCCGGGUGUUGAGUGGAACCGCUCGUCCUGGUCAGAAGGUGCGUGUGCUGGGCGAAAACUACAGCAUCGAUGACGAGGAAGACAUGGUCAACGCUACCAUCUCAUCAGUCUCGAUCGCGGAGAGCAGAUAUAGUGUUCCUGUUUCAGGCAUCCCAGCUGGUAACUUUGUGCUGCUGGGUGGGGUGGACAGCAGUAUCUUCAAGACUGCUACGAUCGUUGCGCCAAAGCUACCGGAAGAUGAGGAAGCGUACAUCUUCAGGCCCAUUGCGCACUUCUUUGAGAGCGUCUUCAAGGUCGCUGUAGAGCCUAUCAACCCAUCAGAACUGCCAAAGAUGCUGGACGGGUUGCGGAAGAUCAACAAGACGUACCCGCUGAUCACGACGAAAGUCGAGGAAAGUGGGGAGCAUGUAGUUCUCGGCACUGGCGAGCUUUACAUGGACUGCGUGCUCCACGACCUACGGCGAAUGUACGCGCAGAUGGAGAUCAAAGUCUCAGAUCCGGUGACGAGGUUCUGCGAGACGAUCGUUGACCAGAGUGCAAUCAAGUGCUACGCCAUCACACCGAACAAGAAGAACAAACUCACAUUCGUGGCCGAACCACUGGACGACGGCAUCGCUGAAGACAUCGAAAGCGGCAAGGUCGACAUUCGCGACCCAGCACGAAAAGUCGGCAAAUUCUUCGAAGAGAACUACGGUUACGACCUCCUUGCCAGCCGCAACAUCUGGGCUUUCGGUCCCGACGAUCGGGGUCCUAACAUCCUGCAAAACGAUACACUUCCCUCCGACGUCGACGCUAAAGUCCUUCGAAACGUGCGCGACGGCAUCAAACAAGGUUUCUCGUGGGCGUCGCGAGAAGGACCACUGUGCGAGGAGCCGAUCCGCAACGUCAAGUUCAAGAUCACCGAUGUCGAACUGGCACAAGAAGCCAUCUCUCGCGGCGGAGCGCAGAUCAUCCCUACAGCACGACGAGCCUGCUACUCCAGCUUCCUGAUGGCGGGUCCGCGUCUGAUGGAGCCGAUGUACUCUUGCACGAUGCUCGGCCCCGCCAACGCCGUCUCUUCGCUCUACACCGUCCUAAGCCGGAGACGAGGACACGUGCUCAGCGACGCUCCUGUGCCAGGAACACCGCUCUACUCCGUCAAAGGUCUCAUCCCUGUCAUUGACAGCUUCGGCUUCGAAACGGAUCUGCGAAUCCACACGCAAGGCGCGGUGACGUUGUCGCUGGUGUUUGAUCGAUGGAGCGUUGUGCCUGGAGAUCCACUGGAUAAGAGUGUGAAGCUGCGGCCGUUAGAGCCAGCGGGCGCGCAGGCUACGGCGAGGGAUUUCGUGCUGAAGACGAGGCGGAGGAAGGGCUUGAGCGAAGAUGUGGGCGUUGGGAAGUUCUUGGAAGGAGAGCUGGUGAGGCAGUUGAGGGAGACUGGGGUGCUGGAUGGGGGCGUCUGA